AUGACUUUGCUAAACAAUAUUCCCAGUCUGUUUUGGAGAGGGGACAAAGUUUCCAGUCUGUUGGAGAGAGGAGACAAAGUUUCCAGUCUGUUGGAGAGAGGGAACAAAGUCUUCAAUCUGUUGGAGAGAGGAGACAAAGUCUCCAGUCUGUUGGAGAGACGAGACAAAGUUUUCAGUCCAAUUGUAGAGAAGAGUAAACAAAGUCUCCAGCCUGUUGUAGAGAGUAAACAAAGACUCCAGCCUGUUGUAGAGAGUAAACAAAGUCUUCAGUCUGUUGUAGAGAGUAAACAAAGUCUUCAGCCUGUUAUAGAGAGUAAACAAAGUCUCCAGUCUGUUGUAGAGAGUAGACAAAGUCUCCAGUCUAUUAUAGAGAGUAAACAAAGUCUCCAGUGUAUUGUAGAGAGUAAACAAAGUCUCCAGUCUGUUGGAGAGAGAUCCAACCUCCGUAAAAGGAUUAAUUCAUCAACUUAUUCGUCUCAGUUGGCUCUUUUAAAUCAGACCAUGAAGACCUUCGCCAUUUUUUCUGCUGUCCUGGUAGCUGUGUCCGCCACGUUUUAUGGUGGCGGAAUAGGAGGCGGCAUUGGUGUGCCAUAUGGCAGUGGUGGAUAUGGUAGCAUUGGUGGAGGAUACGGUGGAUACGGUGGAUAUGGUGGCAUAGGAAGUGGAUACGGUGGAUUGGGAGGAGGAUACGGUGGAUUGGGAGGAGGAUAUGGCGGACUUGGAGGAGGAUACGGUGGACCUGGUGGAUUUGGUGGAUACGGUGGACUAGGGGGUGGAUAUGGCGGACUAGGAGGAUAUGGAGGACUAGGGGGAGGAUAUGGUGGAUUAGGAGGAUAUGGUGGACUAGGGGGUGGAUAUGGUGGACUAGGAGGGUAUGGGGGCAUAAGGGGCGGAUAUAGUGGACUAGGAGGAUACGGUGGAUAUGGAGGAUACGGUAGCAGGGGAUUUAUUGCCGGUGGAAGGAGUGGAUUUAUCGGUGGCGGUGCUGGAGGCAUUAUUGGUGGAGGAAGAGGAGGUAUCAUUGGAAGCAGCUAUGGAAAGCCACCACUGAGACAGUCUGACAUUACACUUGAUAUUAGACUGCUCACUAAUAUCGGACUGCUGCAGGUGUUUUAUAAAGUUUGUAUAUUUGAUAUACAUUUUUCCCCUUAUAACCGCCCCCAAGGACAGGUCCGACACUUCCACCGAGAACAGGCCCGACUCCUCCACCGAGAACAGGCCCGAAUCCUUCACCGAAAACAGGUCCAAUUCCUUCACCGAGAACAGGUCCAAUUCCUCCUCCUGCUCCUCUGA